GCCAAACGAGACUCUGUCGCGACCCUGGGUCGCCGGGAACUCGCUCACGCCACACGCACACGACACACGCACACGCAACACGAAGCGAUAGAACGCAAACACAAAGGACUAAAACAGCUCUUAGCGCCCCGCGAGCGCGUCGCACACAACAUGCGCACUCGACACGCACGCACACGCACACAACACGCGCGCUCGCAACGCAAAGCGAUAGAGCGCUACCACUGCGGACUAACGCAGCUCGCAGCGGCACUCAAGCGAGCAGAAGGACUUGCUCCGACCCCGGGUCACAAGGACCUCGCUCCCGCCACAAGCACACAACGCACGCGCACGUAUACGCACACAUACGACUAUUAUGGAAUAAGAAGAUAGGCACGCGAACCUGGCCACGCGGACGCCUGGGCGCAAACUAGGAUAAAAUGUCCCGAGCGAUGUUCGCGCUCGUGGACGCAGCGGCUCGCGUUGUCGUGCAGUAUCAUUCACAUGGAUGAACAGCAUGCAUUAAACGAAUGCCUGAGAAAGUGAUCAGGCGCGCGGCGCAAUGACAGAUACACAAUGGAGGGCGAAACGUUGGGCCGCACCUGCAAGAGGCGGCAUGCGUGGAUUGUGUCCCUUUAAGACUCUCCACAGCAUAUCACAUCGCUUCUGGAGCGGAUGAAAGCCCGGUGCGGACGCAAGCCCGGUAACGUCGAACUUGCCUCGCUGCUUUGAUGCACUUCAAGCAAGGCUACGUACUCUGUACAUCCUGUUGUCUAGCAUGUUGAACGAGCGUCGUUAAAGCUAACGGCAACGGAAUGCUGCGAGUUCGCGCGGAAGCGUACGUUGACACAGCGGGAGCCGCGCAGAAACGAAGUGAGCGCUCAGAUGAAACCUUGGAGCAGCGUACGGAGCGCCAGAAGAAGGAUGCGGACCGGAAACGGCUGAAGCGCGCGGCGAUGACCGUGGAGGACAAGGCCGCUGCGAACGAAAAGCAUCAGUCAAGGUGUGCACAGGUGGUAAAGCAAUGGCCGCAGGGCCCAUUGCCGCAGCAACGACGGCCUUGCGUGGUGGCCGUGGCCAGCAACGCCGCGGUGACUGCGGGCUCGAGCGCGCCCGCCGCGGCCACUGCCUCCGGCACCAGCCCUGGCUCGCACGUUGUGGCCACGCCCAGCAACGCCGCGGUGACUGCGGGCUCGAGCGCGCCCGCCGCGGCCACGGCCUCCGGCACCAGCCCUGGCGCGCACGUUGUGGCCGCGCCCAGCAACGCCGCGGUGACUGCGGGCUUGAGCGCGCCCGCCGCGGCCACGGCAUCCGGCACCAGCCCUGGCUCGCACGUUGUGGCCACGCCCAGCAACGCCGCGGUGACUGCGGGCUCAAGCGCGCCCGCCGCGGCCACGGCCUCCGGCACCAGCCCUGGCUUGCACGUUGUGGCCGCGCCCAGCAACGCCGCGGUGUCUGCAGGCUUGAGCGCGCCCGCCGCGGCCACGGCCUCCGGCACCAGCCCUGGCUCGCACGUUGUGGCCGCGCCCAGCAACGCCGCGGUGACUGCGGGCUUGAGCGCGCCCGCCGCGGCCACGGCCUCCGGCACCAGCCCUGGCUCGCACGUUGUGGCCGCGCCCAGCAACGCCGCGGUGACUGCGGGCUUGAGCGCGCCCGCCGCGGCCACUGCCCCCGGCACCAGCCCUGGCUCGCACGUUGUGGCCGCGCCCAGCAACGCCGCGGUGACUGCGGGCUUGAGCGCGCCCGCCGCGGCCACUGCCUCCGGCACCAGCCCUGGCUCGCACGUUGUGGCCGCGCCCAGCAACGCCGCGGUGUCUGCAGGCUUGAGCGCGCCCGCCGCGGCCACGGCCUCCGGCACCAGCCCUGGCUCGCACGUUGUGGCCGCGCCCAGCAACGCCGCGGUGACUGCGGGCUUGAGCGCGCCCGCCGCGGCCACGGCCUCCGGCACCAGCCCUGGCUCGCACGUUGUGGCCGCGCCCAGCAACGCCGCGGUGACUGCAGGCUUGAGCGCGCCCGCCGCGGCCACGGCCUCCGGCACCAGCCCUGGCUCGCACGUUGUGGCCGCGCCCAGCAACGCCGCGGUGACUGCGGGCUUGAGCGCGCCCGCCGCGGCCACUGCCUCCGGCACCAGCCCUGGCUCGCACGUUGUGGCCGCGCCCAGCAACGCCGCGGUGACUGCGGGCUCAAGCGCGCCCGCCGCGGCCACGGCCUCCGGCACCAGCCCUGGCUUGCACGUUGUGGCCGCGCCCAGCAACGCCGCGGUGUCUGCAGGCUUGAGCGCGCCCGCCGCGGCCACGGCCUCCGGCACCAGCCCUGGCUCGCACGUUGUGGCCGCGCCCAGCAACGCCGCGGUGACUGCGGGCUUGAGCGCGCCCGCCGCGGCCACGGCCUCCGGCACCAGCCCUGGCUCGCACGUUGUGGCCGCGCCCAGCAACGCCGCGGUGACUGCGGGCUUGAGCGCGCCCGCCGCGGCCACUGCCCCCGGCACCAGCCCUGGCUCGCACGUUGUGGCCGCGCCCAGCAACGCCGCGGUGUCUGCAGGCUUGAGCGCGCCCGCCGCGGCCACGGCCUCCGGCACCAGCCCUGGCUCGCACGUUGUGGCCGCGCCCAGCAACGCCGCGGUGACUGCGGGCUUGAGCGCGCCCGCCGCGGCCACUGCCUCCGGCACCAGCCCUGGCUCGCACGUUGUGGCCGCGCCCAGCAACGCCGCGGUGACUGCGGGCUUGAGCGCGCCCGCCGCGGCCACUGCCUCCGGCACCAGCCCUGGCUCGCACGUUGUGGCCGCGCCCAGCAACGCCGCGGUGACUGCGGGCUUGAGCGCGCCCGCCGCGGCCACUGCCUCCGGCACCAGCCCUGGCUCGCACGUUGUGGCCGCGCCCAGCAACGCCGCGGUGUCUGCAGGCUUGAGCGCGCCCGCCGCGGCCACGGCCUCCGGCACCAGCCCUGGCUCGCACGUUGUGGCCGCGCCCAGCAACGCCGCGGUGACUGCGGGCUUGAGCGCGCCCGCCGCGGCCACGGCCUCCGGCACCAGCCCUGGCUCGCACGUUGUGGCCGCGCCCAGCAACGCCGCGGUGACUGCGGGCUUGAGCGCGCCCGCCGCGGCCACUGCCUCCGGCACCAGCCCUGGCUCGCACGUUGUGGCCGCGCCCAGCAACGCCGCGGUGACUGCGGGCUUGAGCGCGCCCGCCGCGGCCACUGCCUCCGGCACCAGCCCUGGCUCGCACGUUGUGGCCGCGCCCAGCAACGCCGCGGUGACUGCAGGCUUGAGCGCGCCCGCCGCGGCCACGGCCUCCGGCACCAGCCCUGGCUCGCACGUUGUGGCCGCGCCCAGCAACGCCGCGGUGUCUGCAGGCUUGAGCGCGCCCGCCGCGGCCACGGCCUCCGGCACCAGCCCUGGCUCGCACGUUGUGGCCACGCCCAGCAACGCCGCGGUGUCUGCAGGCUUGAGCGCGCCCGCCGCGGCCACUGCCUCCGGCACCAGCCCUGGCUCGCACGUUGUGGCCGCGCCCAGCAACGCCGCGGUGACUGCGGGCUUGAGCGCGCCCGCCGCGGCCACUGCCUCCGGCACCAGCCCUGGCUCGCACGUUGUGGCCGCGCCCAGCAACGCCGCGGUGUCUGCGGGCUUGAGCGCGCCCGCCGCGGCCACGGCCUCCGGCACCAGCCCUGGCUCGCACGUUGUGGCCGCGCCCAGCAACGCCGCGGUGACUGCGGGCUUGAGCGCGCCCGCCGCGGCCACUGCCUCCGGCACCAGCCCUGGCUCGCACGUUGUGGCCGCGCCCAGCAACGCCGCGGUGUCUGCGGGCUUGAGCGCGCCCGCCGCGGCCACGGCCUCCGGCACCAGCCCUGGCUCGCACGUUGUGGCCGCGCCCAGCAACGCCGCGGUGACUGCGGGCUUGAGCGCGCCCGCCGCGGCCACGGCCUCCGGCACCAGUCCUGGCUCGCACGGUGAUGCACACCGGCAACACGAUGCGCAACGGAAACGGGAGGCGCGCUCCAAAGAGUCUGACGCGCAGCGUGCUGAACGGCAGAAGAAGGACUCAGACCGCAAACGUCACAAACGUGCAGUUCUUGCAAAGAAGAAGGCCAAGAAGUUAGCUAGGUAUCAGUUAUGAUGUCAUGUGUGUGCCAGUUGGUCAGUGCAGUGUCAAAAUGGUUCGGGGCCCUCAGCGAAACACCGUGCGGCCGUCAUGCUUGGCGCCACUAAGCAGGGUUGCAUUGUACGUUGUACAGUGCGUAAUGAUACGCACUAUGUAUUAAUGUGGCGAUAGUACGCGGGGAGCGGGCCUGGAGGGCAGGCAGGGGAUGAUGGGUGCCGCACCAUGCCUCAGCACACCAUUUCCUGGUCGUAUCGCAUCAGUUGAAUUCUUAUAAGCCACGCAUGAGUGGUAUUUGAGCGGUGCUUGCGAAACUGGGGAGAAAUUUCGUGACAACCUGAGUGCGCAUCCCAGCCAAAUGAAACAUCCCACUGCACUAUGGUGACGCACUAUCCGUUCCGCGCAGUUGCUCGUCCUUAGUGCCCCACGUGGCGCGCAUGCCGGGGUGCCUGGCGCUGCCGGGGUGGCGGGGUGGCGGGUGGUGCCCACGGUUAAGUCGCUGGGCGUGUCUUUUGGUGACUGGUAUGCAACCCCCCCCUAGCUUGGGCUGGUAUUCACAACCCCCCCCCUGCCCGUUGCGUUUGAGGGCGUGCUGGGGGUCUUGGGCAAGCUGGUGCGAAUGCCGGUCUCUAUGUUCUCUAUGUUCUCAUGCGGUCGCGGCGUCGGCGUACGCCCUGGGCAAGGUGCUCUAUCCUUUAGAGUUUGUGGGACUGCCCGGCAACAAGCACAUGCUUCGGGCGUUGUGCUUGGGCCUGUUGCCGCUGGUGCAGCACGUGACGGCGCGGCAGGCUGGCCUUGCAGUGCGGCUUGUUUAUGGACGAUUUCGACAUGAAAACCGACCCGGGGUCUGUUUUGCUACGAUUUUUGCACAGCGCGUCUUGUGGCGCGGGCACAACUUCAUGGGAUACACCGUGUCACAUAGGCCACGUUGGCCGCCAUGCGACACCGCUAGCGACGAACUGCAAGCGCUCGGCAAGCGAUGCAUGGGCGCCGGCGACCGUCGCAAAUGAAGGGCUACAAAGUCAGCUUCGUAGUUUGCGUAACUGACUAAUGUUAUUGUUAUUCGAACUGCGUGGAUUCAGACAACGGUAUAUUAGGACCGGUUAAUUAAAACAGUCCCUGGCAGGGAAAUUUGGGCGCAGGCCAAACGUUUCGUGUGAACACAUUGCAUACACACCAUACACCCUAAAAGUAUCCGGCAAGCGGGAAUGUAUCCGGCAAGCGGGAAUGUCAUGGCCAAGCCAUGGCAUGCAAGCGCUCGGCAAACACCAAGGCGACCCCGCAGCAGAGUCGCCUUACAACUAUCGCGUGCUACGCCAACCCUGAGAGCGUGUUAUUCCCCGUCGCCGCGGUCGACGCUCACACACCCUGCUUUGCCUCUGCGGACCGCCAUGCGAGCCAUGGGGCGUGCCCUAAGGUAGUCAACUUACAUGGGACUCAAUGUUAUAUUGCUGAGCACGAGAGGAGGCGUGUACAGGUAGUGGCCCUUAGUGGCGUAGAGCUGAGGUGACAGGAGGCUCGUACAGUAAUGGCGACUGAAGUCUUAGUAUGAUCUGAGUGCCAGAGUCGUAACAUACGUUUGAUCAACGGUACUGCGGAUGCUGGCGUGCGCAGCACCUCCCGGACCGCUGACCGGGGUCGGGGCCAAGCACCCAAGCAAGCACCUCUUCGGGAAAAUGGAGUCCGGAGAAACGGGAUCCAAUGAACGCAGACUUGCUCGUGCUCGCCCGCGCAGCUUCUAAAUACUUACGUAUU